CUACUUAUAUACCAGCAAAACCUCUUAGCUCUGAAGAAGGGCCAAUUCUCUCUCUCUCUUCCUAUUUCUCAGUUUCUCUGUCUCUCUGUCUUCUGGGUAAAAUCUCAAAAUUCAUAUUCAGACAAAUACAUAUGGAUAUUCUUUCACACAGCAGAAAUGUUUCGACUUUGGAGAGGAUCCUUUGCUUCAUGGUGCAAUCUGUGGUGGUGGAGACUGCUCUGCUUGCUCAGAAGUCUCUGCUUUGUCUCCUCUUUUUGAUGAGAUCCCAAGCAGGUGAUGUUGAUAUGGUAACAGAUUUGGCUGCAGCAGAUGUGAGAUUUCCUUUGUCUGAACUAAAUAGAUUGGAAAAGCCUUCUGCUGAAUGCAAGGAUGCUGGUGAAAAUGAGGAGGAUGAUAGUGAUAAUGGUGAUGAUGAUCAGGAUGAUGAUGGUGAUGAUUCAUCUGGAGAAGAAGGGAGUGAUGAUGAAGAGGAGGAUUCUGAAGGUGAAGCUAAAGGUGAUGGAGAGAGCAAUGACAAUGACAAUGACGACGAUGAUGAUGAUGACGACGACGACGACGACGACGAUGACGACGAAGAUGAAGAUGAAGAUGUAGAUGAUGAUGGUGAUGAUGACAACGACGAUGAUGAAGAAACCCAGCCACCUUCUAAGAGGAAGAAAUGAAGAAAUAAGAAAAACAUUAUUCCCCCCUUUUUCUUCUUUAAGCUGGAUUGAAUUGAAGGAAUCUCAUUGACUGAGUCAAAAGGUUCAAACCAUUAGUUUUCAUAGAGCUUGAAAAACUAUUUCUUCUUGAUAAUGUGAACCCUCAUGAUAUCUUAUUUACCUGAAUUUUUUCUAGUUA